AUGCACACUUUGACGGCAACAGCAGCGUCGUCGCUGUCGCUGCCCGCGGAGAACUACAUCUACACGAUUGCGCCGUCGGCGCCCGGCCGCUUUGCUGCCAUCAGCUCAGAUGACUCGCUGCGCAUCUUUGACGCCGCCAAUCUCGACCGCGUCUCGGUAAUCUCCCGAAAGACCCAUGGUGCUGGCGUCACCUCGCUUCGCAGUUAUGCUGCGGGGGAGUCCCAGCUCUUGGCGACCGGAGGCCGGGAGGGGAAGGUUAAGCUGUGGGAUGCGCGGGCUGGGACUGCGGUCGCGGAGAUGGAAACGCCGAGAAAUGCCCCGGUGCUCUCGGUGGCUUGUAACCCGGAGACCAACACGAUUGCCGCGGGUACAGAGCUUGUCUCGUCGCAGGCAGUAGUUGCAUUCUGGGAUAUCAGAUCUCCACAGGCCCUCCGGCUCCAAUAUGUGGAGAGCCACAACGAUGAUAUCACUGAGGUGAGCAAAUUAUUCCCUAUGGAAUACCAGAUCCCGAACCCAUGGCCCAAGAUCAUCCGAACUAAUCUGACCCGCACGGACGGGCUCGUCAACGUCUACGACACCACGAUCACAGACGAGGAUGAGGCCCUCGUGCAAGUGAUCAACCACGGCUCCGUUCACCACGCGGGCUUCCUCUCCGAGCGCACCAUCUACGCCCUCAGCCACGAUGAGCUGUUCUCUGUGCACCCGGCCACCGACCCGGAUGACCCUGCGCAGGAUCCCGAGCCCGUGCACUUCGACGACGUGCGUGAGCCGCUGGGCUGCGAGUAUGUGGUGCAGUUGUGCGUUGGCGCGCAGGGGCCGUACCUUGCGGCUGGGAAUAAGAUUGAGAAGCGUUUAGAUUUGAUUCCGUUGGUCUCGCGUCCGGCGUGGCAGUUUGACCAGGAGAAUCUCUGGCGCCUGCCCGGCGCCCACGGCGACGAGGUCGUACGAUCUGUAUACUUGGAUGAACAGAGCCAAUCCGUCUUUACUUGCGGUGAGGACGGCUUUGUGCGGGCGUGGAGGCCCGCUGAUGCUGGUGACGAUGAUGCCCAGGCCCAAGCUGGAUCGGCAAAGACCUCCCGGCCCAAGGAUAAGAAGCAGAAGGACCGGUUCAAGCCGUACUAG